AUGUCAUCUGAAGAAAUCGACACGGACAACAGCGAAAACUCACGCAGUGAUUCAAACUCCAAAGAAGAAUUUUCCGAUAAUGAAUUAGAUUCACAAGUAUGGAAUGAAAUAGAUUCAGAAUCGGAUGGUGAAUUUCAAGAAGACUAUGGGAUCGUCGAUGAAGUAAAUCCACCUUCGCAAGAUAAUACAAUCUAUCCUAUUGAUUGUUAUCGCCAUUUCAUUACUGAUGAAAUGAUUAGCCUGAUGGUUCACGAAACUAAUCGGUAUGCACAACAACACUUACAAGCUCAAGAACUUACCCAACGAUCAAAAACUCUUCAAUGGAAACCAAUUACUCAUGAAGAAAUGUUAAAAUUCUUGGGAAUUAUCAUCGAAAUGGGUUUGAUACAAAUGCCAAACGUGGACUAUUACUGGAGAAAAAGUAAGUUAUAUGGGUCCGAAGUUAUUCAAAAUACCAUGUCAAGAGACAAAUUUGAAUUAAUUCUCAAAUUUUAUCAUUUUUCGAACAAUGAGGAGCAACAUGAAGAUGACGACAAAUUGUUCAAGCUGAAACCACUUCUCGACCUGCUGCAACUGAGAUUUAUGUCAGUUUACGUUCCAGGCUCAAUUAUUUCUAUUGAUGAAACAAUGGUCCCAUGGAAAGGUAGACUUCUCUUCAAAUAA